AUGUCGAACAGUCGACACCAGAACUUUCGCACCUUUUUGACUGAACGUUUCACCGCCGUGGCAGUGGAAGUGUUUGGAGAGGUUGAGGCGAUAGUGGAGUCGUACUACGAGGAAAACAAACGUCUGCGCAAUGUCCUGCACAUGGUGCUCGGACCCGAUAUCAAGUUACCCAAGAUAGGUAUGAUACUUUUGUUAACUUUACAAGUCUCUUAAGAGUUAAAGUCGGCCACCAGCAUAAAACUGAAUUAGUUCAAAUGUAACAUGGAGGUUUGAAAACGAGCUACAUGAUAAAACGUAAACAGUGCACAGUUAAAGCUCCUUUAGGGAUUUUUCAGGAAGUGUCAAUUUUGGUGUCUGUGAGAACAAAGCAGUCUUUUUUUUAAAUUUAACCUUUAUUUAACCAGGUAAAAAACCCGUGGAGGUCAAGAUCUCUUUUACAAGGGUGACCUGGCCAAGAGGUCAGGCUGCACAUGUCACAAUAAUAAUUAUAAUGAUAAUACAAUUCAAGGACAAAAUAAGUUAACACAAACAGUACUUCUGAAAGUGCGUAUUAAGUCCUUAAUGUAUUUGUAAGGAGUAUUCUCUUUCUGACUUUCAACAGCCAGGUUCAUCAUUGAUUGUGGAAAUUUAAUGCAAAAAAAAAUAUAAAAAUAAGGCUGUUACCCAAGCAGUCACUUGGUGUCACAACAAUAACCUUCAGCUCAACACAUCAAAAACCGAGGAACUAAUAAUAGACUUCUCAAGCUCACCCACAUAACCAUUAUGGACUCCUUCAAUUUCCUUGGCACACACAUCAAUAAUACACUCAAAUGAAGACAACAUGCAGAUGAAAUUUACAAAAAAGCCAAUAAAAUACUGUUCUUAUUGCGACAGCUCAAAAAGUUUUGAGUCAGACACGUCCUCCUCCUUCAGUUCAGUACUCGGCCAUAAUUGAGAGUAUCCUCACAUCAUCAAUAAUAGUCUGGUACAGAAACUUGGACAGUCAUUCACACACAAAACUUCAACACAUAACCAACAGAUCAUCCAAAAUCACUGGCCAUACCCUCCCAUCCAUGGAGACUCUGUAUCAAAGACACGCCACACCACAGCGAGCACUGAAAAUCACCUCAGACCAUACACACCCUGCACACCACCUGUUCACACUCAUGUCCUCUGGGAGGUGGUACAGGUCUUUGACAGACAACUCAGCCACAUUCAAGAAUAGUUUCUUCCCCACUGCCAUAUGGACACUAAACCAAAAUCUGAAGUAAAUUGUAUCCACAUCUAUUAUCUUGUAUCUUGUAUUGUUGCAUUGUUUUUUUUUUUUUUUCCUGCAUGCAUGUACUGUAUGUUUCUGACACAGGAGAUGUGAGCAUGAUGUGCUGUACCGAAAACAAAUUCCACCGACCCUGUUGUGUUGCCAUUAAGAAAUGAUUCUGAUUCUGUUACUUUAGCUGCCUAGUUGGCACCUACCCUCUCGUACCAGUUCCAGGCAUCAAAAUAACAAUAUUAGAAUCAUCAAUUGUCCCUGAUGUUCUCCUUUGCUUUUGCAUGUCAUAAAAAGGAAAUCAAUCUGAGAUUCAGUCUGUUUCAAAAAAAAAAAAAAAGUUCAGGACCUUCAAUGUUUGUGUUGCAAAGUCUAGUUGUAGUUCAUAAUAAUACAAGUUUAUCAGUAUUAAUGAAGACUGAAAUUUUAAACUAGAUGGCUAGGGUGCAUGCAAUUUGCUUUACUCUCAAGGUGAAUUAAGCAUGAUAUUCAAACAUGGAUAUUUUCCUUUCCAUUUGACAGAUCAUUGCCAUCAUACCGCAGCAACCACGAGUACCACACAUCAACCCUUUGUGCAGCCCAGGGAUGAAAACAUGGACAUAUCAGAGUAUUUACAACCAAAAACGGAGCAAGAAGAGUAUGAUAUAAGCUGUGAAUUGCCCAGACAGCAAGUGCUGGAAGAAGCUGAUAACUUGACUAUAUCUGAUUGUGUGAAACGUGAGUCGGAUGCAGAAGACUCAAGCAUGCCCCCCAUCACUGACUCACACAACUUUGAAAUAGUGGUGGUCAGCCGAGACUCAUCAGGCACUAUAUCAGCUAAUGAAGAGAAUGAUAAUUGCGAUGUUAAUCACUCAAUGGACUCAGAUGGACUUGUAGAUUUCCAAGAGCCAUCCAAAAGUGACGAAAGCGCCAGCAAAAGUGUAAAAUCUAGAAACCACAAAAAGAAGUCAAAGAAUAAGGUAGGUUUGUUGUGGUGCCAGGGAUCCCCUGUAUCAUAGAGUUUGAUGAAUAAGAAAACGCAUGAUUUCUAGAGUGCCCGUCCUGGCAGGAACUGUAGCUGUUGAUUUUUCUGCAUGUGCAUGAACAUGUAUGCAGAGGAACACGUGCCACUCCAGCUCCAAUUAGAAAACAUUAUCACAGGCUGGUUAAAAAGAGAUAAUAAACCAUUAAACAGUCCAUAUCACUAGAAAAAGUCUAAAUCCUCUUAGAACAACAGUACUUGGGUCCUUAACUUCAACAGUGGGUGGUUCAUUGUUGUGUUUGACUUAGGAGUCUUAUUUGUUGUAGCAUAAAAUAAUUUAUUCUUUUUUUGGGGGGGAGGGGGGUGGAAAAUGUGCUCCAAAACAGACAGAGCAGCCACUGCAGAAAACUGUGCUGGAAUUACCAAGGUAAGAACAAUGACACUCAGCGUAUCUACAAUUUUGCUUCACUUUUCUAGUUGCUUGUAUGGCUAAUAAUCAAACCUGUUUUUACACAGGAUCAUGCCCCACCACUCUGUUAUCCCUACUCCAUCUGCUAGCCUUUCCCUUUUGUCCAGGAUCACAGAGGCUUUCAAGGAUUUGCCAGAGGACAAAAAGCCUCUCAUAACAAAAAUUGGCUUCUUGGACAAUAUGGAAUCCGUGGACUGUGCAUUUGGCAAGGUCCCCAAAGGUUCACCCUUGUCCUAUCAAUGCCCUGUGCCAUCAGAUAUGGACUAUGAGAUUCAUGAUGAUGUCCCCCCUCGCCCGCCACUUCCCUCUUUAAAUCAUAAGCUAGAGCCAAUGCUGGAUUUUUCUUCAUUUUCACUCAGCACCAGAGAGCAGGAACAUAUUAACACCAUGGGGAUCACAUUGGAGGACGCGCAAUGUCUGGAGAGCUCCACGCGUCCUCCAAAUGGGCACAAGGAACGUGCUGAGCAGCUGCUGAAGCUGCGAUUGACCUGUCGUUUUAGGGAAAUCUGCAACCUUAAACCAGGUCGGAGUAAUGCCGAGCAUCUUAUAUUUAGGAUCCAGAGGGGAGGUCGCAUUUGUAAGAACUUGCAGAUUGAGGAAGAGAUGAAGACUGAGGCACUGCGGGAGUACUGUAGCCAUGUGUGUGUCAACUGGUCCCCCUGCGGCUAUGUUGUUCACCCUAAUGCACCAUGGCUUGGGGCGCUGCCCCAUGGGCUGGUGUAUGAUCCCAAUGAGAGGCCCACUUUUGGCCUGGUGCAUGUCAAAUGCAUCCACUUCAAGAGCUUCAUUAGCUGCAAGUUCUUUACUUUUAAAAGUGGAGUCUUGCAGCUGAUGAAAGCCCACGCUCUGUAUUGGGACAUCCAAGGUGAGAUGAUGAUAACAGGAAUGUCCUGGUGUGAUCUGGUGGUAUUUUCCAAUGAGGACAUACUUGUUCAACGCAUCUACAGAGACGAGAGCAUGAUCAGCUCCAUGAAGAAGAAAUUGGAUAGCUUCUUCUUUUACUACUAUCUACCAAGUCUGGAAUAA